CCGCGCCGAGGGGAGGAGGCUCCGCGCUCGCUCCCGGCCGCCGCCGCUGCCGCGCCGAGCGGAGCGGCCCCGCCAGCCCCUCAGUUUUACAUCCUUGUAUGUCCCUCUGUUUCAUGAAGAUGAAGAAAAUGAUUGCAUGUUUCCUUCUGCUAUUUGCACAUACUCUGCUCUCCACUGUCAUGGCAAAGGAUCUCCCCGGAAGACAUUUCACCCGAAGAAGGGAUGUUAACACACAAUCUCUGAAAAAUUCUUGCAACAACAAACAUCUGGACCUUGUUUUCAUCAUUGACAGCUCUCGCAGUGUGAGUCAUUAUGACUUUGAAAAAGUGAAGGAGUUCAUUUUGACCAUCUUGCAGUUUCUGGACAUCAGCCCUGAUGCCACACACGUGGGUCUGAUUCAGUACGGCAGCACCGUCAAACAGGAGUUUUCAUUGAAGACUUUCCGGCGGAAGCAGGACAUCGAAAGAGCGGUGAAGAGGAUGAUGCACCUGGGCACUGGCACCAUGACUGGACUGGCUCUGCAGUAUGCGGUGAACAUUGCAUUUUCAGAGACAGAGGGGGCUCGACCUCUGAGGCAGAAUGUGCCCCGAAUUAUCAUGAUAGUGACAGAUGGGAGACCUCAAGAUCCAGUGGCAGAGAUUGCUGCUAAAGCACGUAACUCAGGAAUCCUCAUUUUUGCUAUUGGAGUGGGAAGAGUGGAUAUGAACACUCUGAAGUCCAUUGGGAGUGAGCCACAUGAAGAACAUGUGUUUCUGGUUGCUAAUUUCAGUCAGAUUGAAACACUAACCUCUGCCUUCCAGACUAAACUUUGUGUGCCUCAUAUGUGCAGUAUAGUUGAGCAUCACUGUGAUCACUUCUGCAUAAACACCCCUGGCUCCUACUUGUGCAGAUGUAAACAAGGAUACAUUCUGAAUGCUGACCAGAAGACUUGCAGCACUCAGGACCUUUGUGCUGUGGAGAAACACGCCUGUGAGCAGAUUUGUGUGAACACACUGGGGUCCUACGUCUGUCAGUGUUAUGACGGGUAUGAGCUUGAUGCAAAUGGCAAGAGUUGUGUUGUUGUAGACUACUGUGCUUUGGAUAACCAUGGUUGCCAACACGAAUGUGUUAACACCAAGGACUCCUAUUACUGUAGAUGCCACCCAGGGUUCAUUUUAAAUCCAGACAAAAGAACUUGUGGAAAACCAGACUAUUGCUCUCUUCAGGACCAUGGUUGUGAACAGGAAUGCGUUAAUACAGAUGAUUCCUAUUUUUGUCAGUGCCAAGAAGGGUUUAGACUUAAUCCAGAUAAGAAAACAUGCAAAAAAGUAAACUUCUGUGCUUUAGGUCAGCAUGACUGUGAACAUGAAUGUGUUAACAUGGAAGAGUUGUUUGUGUGCAAAUGUCAUCCCAGAUACACCCAAGAACACCGUGGCGAUACGUGCAGCAGAGUGGACCACUGUGCUGAAAGCAAUCAUGGCUGCGAGCAACUGUGCCUAAAUACAGGCGACUCCUACGUCUGUCAGUGCUCUGAAGGAUUUGUCAUCAAUGAGGACCUAAAAACCUGCUCACGAGUUGACCAUUGUGCUCUAAGUGAUCAUGGCUGUGAACAUUUGUGUGUAAAUGGUGACAGAUCUUAUACUUGUCAGUGUUUUGAAGGAUACAGGCUCCGUAACGAUGGGAAAACAUGUAAACGUAAAAAUGUCUGCAAAUCAGUCAACCAUGGCUGUGAGCAUGUUUGUGUUAAUGCUGACAAUUCCUACAUCUGCAAGUGUCAUGAAGGAUUCCUACUGAGGGAAGAUGGCAAGACCUGCAGAAGACAGGACAUCUGCAAAUCAGUCAGCCAUGGCUGUGAGCAUAUUUGUGUUAAUGAAGAUGACUCCUAUGUUUGCAAGUGUCAUGAGGGUUUUCUGUUGAGAGAAGAUGGGAAAACAUGCAGAAAUAAAGACAUUUGCAGUUCAGUUCACCAUGGCUGUGAACAUGUUUGUGUUAAUACUGGUGAGUCCUACAUCUGCCAGUGUUAUGAAGGAUUUGCACUAAGGGAAGAUGAAAGAACAUGUAGAAAUAAAGAUGUUUGCAAUUCUGUUGACCACGGCUGUGAGCAUAUUUGUGUGAAUACUGAUAGUUCAUACCUUUGCCAGUGCUAUGAGGGUUUUGUAUUGAGGGACGAUAAGAAAACAUGUAAAAAUAAAGACAUCUGCAAAUCCGUCAGUCAUGGUUGUGAACAUCUUUGUGUUAAUAAUGAUGAUUCAUACAUUUGCCAGUGUCAUGAUGGAUUUGUACUAAGGCAAGAUGGGAAAACAUGCCGAAGCAAGGAUAUUUGCAAAUCAGUCAACCAUGGCUGUGAACAUGUGUGUGCUAGUGCUGGUGAUUCAUUUGUUUGUAAGUGCCAGGAGGGAUUCCUGCUAAGAGAAGAUGGAAAAACUUGCAGAAAUAAAGAUAUUUGCAAAUCAGUCAACCAUGGCUGUGAACAUGUUUGUGUUAAUUCUGGUGAUUCAUAUACCUGCAAAUGCCAUGAUGGGUUCCUACUGAGAGAAGAUGGGAAAACCUGCAGAAACAAGGACAUUUGCAACUCGGUUGACCAUGGCUGUGAACAAGUUUGUGUGAAUACUGAAGAUUCCUACAUCUGCCAGUGUCAUGAAAAAUUCAUACUGAAGGAAGAUGGAAAGACAUGUAGAUAUAAAGAUGUUUGCAACUCAGUUGACCAUGGCUGUGAGCAUAUUUGUGUUAAUACUGGUGAUUCCUAUGUCUGCAAGUGUCAUGAAGACUUCAUACUGAGAGAAGAUGGAAAAACUUGCAGGAGUAAAAAUGUCUGCAAAACAGUCACCCAUGGUUGUGAACAUGUCUGUGUUCCAACUGGCGAUUCAUACAUGUGUCAGUGUCACAAGGGAUUUAUAUUGAGGCGAGACAGGAAAACAUGCAGGAAUAAAGACCUGUGUAAAUCCAUUGACCAUGGCUGUGAACAUGUGUGCAUUAAUAAUAACAACUCAUACAGCUGUCAGUGCCAUGAGGGCUUUGUUCUGCGACAAGAUGGGAGAACAUGUCGAAGUAAAGAUGUCUGUAAAUCAGUUGACCAUGGUUGUGAAUAUGCUUGUGUUAAUAAUGGUGAUUCCUAUAUCUGCAAAUGCCAGGAGGGAUAUGUUCUAAAAGAGGAUCAGAAAACAUGCAGAAGAUGCACUGAAGGCCCGAUUGACCUGGUGUUUGUGAUUGAUGGAUCAAAAAGUCUUGGAGAGGAUAAUUUUGAAAUUGUAAAACAAUUUGUCUCAGGAAUCUUGGAUACACUUGAGAUUUCACCCAAAGCUGCUCGAGUUGGUUUGCUUCAGUACUCCACUGAGGUUCGUACAGAGUUUACAUUAAGGCAGUUCAGCUCAGCCAAAGACAUGAAGAAAGCUGUGUCACAAAUGAAAUACAUGGGCCGAGGUUCCAUGACAGGACUGGCGCUGAGGCAAAUGUCUGAGAGAAGCUUCACAGAAACAGAAGGAGCAAGACCAUUUUCAGCAAAUGUCCCUCGAAUCUCCAUUGUGUUUACGGAUGGACGGGCCCAGGAUGAAGUCUCUGAGUGGGCUACCAGAGCAAAGCAACGUGGUAUAAUCAUCUAUGCCAUUGGAAUAGGAAAAGCAAUUGAGGAAGAACUGCUGGAAAUUGCAUCUGAGCCAUCAUAUAAACAUCUCUUCUAUGCUGAGGAUUUCACAGCUCUGGAGGACAUAAGUGAAGAGCUAAGAGCCCAAAUUUGUGAAGCCUUGAAAGAGUCACCUCACCAGCAGGAUGCAUCAUCUGGGAGGCUUCAUAAGACUGGUCCACAGCCUUCAGGACCUGAAUCAACCACAAUAGCCAUCACAGAUGUCAUUGACUGUCCACAUCUUGCAGUACACCACAAGUAUCUUUUUGAAGACAGUCACAUCCACUCAACAACAGCAAAAGCCUCAAAAGAUAAUGACCAGUGCAAAUGUGAAAAUCUUGUCACAUUCCAGAACUAUGCAACCAGUGAAGUAAGAAAACUCACCCAGCGAUUGGAAGAAAUGACAAAGAGAAUGGAAGACUUGGAAAACAGACUAAAAUACUGAUCAGAAUUUUAAGUGUAUGCUACACUGUAUAUUUAUAUAUACAAACUUGUCAGAGCUAUUUUCUUAAACUGGUUCAAAGUAAAAUAACAUCUUUGUGUCUGAAGUUGAAAAGAAUAUUCUGGAUCCUUGCAUUUAUAUGCCAUGUGUUGUCUUGCAUUGAUUGCAGAUAAGGAAUGUUGAAAUUUUUAUAUAAACUAUUUAGUAAUUAGCAGACAUUCUAAUUAAGCAGACCAACCGAAAUAAGCUAUGCAAAAUAAUAAAAUGCUGUUAUUUUUUGAAAUGAAA